AUGGGAAACGCAACUUGCCAAGGCACCCUCUGCUUCCGAAAAUCUGAAUUUGCAUGUGCCUGCACAAAUAAAACUUAUUGCCACAUCUGUUUCUCAAAACACAUGCAAGAAACUUCAACUCCCACUCACUCAGCAGUUCACCUUCAUCCCCAGCCAGAUUUAAAACACCAGCUUAUUUUGCAUCGUUUAACUUAUUCAAAACCUGACGGCACGACAGAUGUCUAUGAUGGAUAUUUCGGAGAAAAAGGUGUAUGCAUCAAAAUGCAGUAUUUCAAGGAUUUUAAAUGUUUAAAUCGCAAGCAAGAAGAGGCCACAUUGCAACGCUCAAUCAGACACACAAAUAUUUGCAGAUGCAUAAAAUCAUGAGUCGAUGAAACUUAUGAAAACGGGUAUAAAUUUGUAAUCAUUUUGGAAUAUGGGCUAAGAGACCUUGAAGAAGAAAUCAGAGGAAGGGCGGUUAGUAAUGAUCCUUGAGAUGAAGCUGAACUCUGGAGGCAUUUUUCGAGCAUUAUUGAUGCUUUAACAGUGAUGCAAGAAAAUAAUUUGACACAUAGAGAUAUUAAGCCUGCCAAUAUUUUGGUAUUUCCAGAAAACGUGCUGAAACUUGCAGAUUUUGGGCUAAGCAUUCAAGAAGAUGAUUUAUUAGGAGCACAGAUAUUGGAUGUGGUAGGAACUGUACUGUACUUGAGUCCGAUUUUAAAGCAAGCCUAUAUAGAUAUUUUUGAAGGCAAAAAUCUAACAGCAACAGUCCACCACAAUCCAUAUAAAUCUGAUGUCUAUUCUUUAGGUCUGACUUUCCUUUAUAUGGCGUCUUUAAGUCCUCCAGUAGGCUUAAAUUCAAAUAUUGGAGGAAAUGUCGGUUUAAGGCGCAGAAUUAAAAAUGCGAUUAGAUCUUUAAGGUUUUCUUCAAAAAUCAAAGAGCUAUUAGAAGCUAUGCUUGAGGUUGAAGAAGAAGGCCGCAUGGAUUUCUUGGAGCUUAGAUCAUGAAUGGAAAAUUUAGAAUUUUCAGACUCCGAAGACCCUAUUCCUACUGAGUCUUCUGCAGCUGAUAUUCACUCUACUUCGAUAACUGAGAUAUAGCUCGCUCCCUACUAUAGCUCUCCAUAGGUAACAGAGCGACGGACCAAUCCAUAUAGAUGCUCGUGAACUCAAGUUAACAAAUAAAGCAGAUCAUACCGAUUGUCACCUUGAGAGCUGGCUCUUCAGCCUGAGUUCACUAGCAACUCUCUGGAUUUCUCCAUCUCUCUGCUCCAUAUGGAGAGCUAUAGCAGGUAGUGAGCUAUAUCAAUAUGCGAGUCAAAAACAAGUGAUAGAUUGACAACUGAGGAUAAUUCAGUUCUAAAAAUGUCCUUAAGUGAAGAACUCUAUACCUACAUGAAUCAAGAAACUGAAGCCACCUUGGAAUGUCCUCCAUUAAGCCCUCAAGAUCAGCUUAGAUUUUAUGCCUCCCAGCAUAUUUUGCCAGAUGAGCUUGCUUCUCUAUAUGAAAGAAUAACGAGUGAUGAGGAAAUAAAGUUUUAUAAAUAUUCAGAAUUGCUACUGCCUAUCGAAGCUCAACAUUUAGGAGUAUUUUUAGGGCACCUUCCAAAAUUAAAUACAUUGGAGCUCAGCAGCUGUAAUUUAGGAGACCAAGGGAUACGUAUGCUGAAUUUAGGGCUUUCGAAGUUGCCAGAUUUAGAAACAUUGUCGUUAGGGGAAAAUAAAAUUGGCCCUGAAGGAGCAGCUUUAUUAGCGAAAUCAUUCCCAAAGCUAGAAAAAUUAAAAAUCUUAAGGCUAUGAGAUAAUAAUUUUGGUGACGAAGGAGCUUCAGCACUUGUAAAAAAUUUUCUGCUUUUGGAUCACUUACUCCCCUGUUUCUCCGUGAACGAAAAAAAAAUUUUAAUAUAAUUAAUUAUGAAUUCCUCAGCUAAAUCAAUUAAUUCUUAAUAAUAAAUGCUCUAAGCAUAGAUUUUAAAUUUUUGUUUAUAAAUAAUUUACAAAUAUAAAAAAUUUAUAUGCCUCCAGUGAGCAAAAAAAAUGUUCCGUACAUAGUAGGGGAGCUAGAAGAGCUAUUUCUUGGGGAUAAUUCAAUAGGGUAUGAAGGCAUGGAGAGCAUAGCUUCAUCAUUGCCUAAAUCUUUAACUGUUCUUUCUCUCUCUGGAAAUCCAAUUGGGGAUUUAGGAAUGAGAUUUCUUUGUGAAUCUUUACUAAAACUCACCAAGCUAAGACAGCUUUAUUUAGAAAACACAAAAAUUGGAGAUGUCGGAGUCCAGUAUCUAGAAAGUUCUAUCCCUCAUUCUCUUAAGACUUUACGUCUAGAUGAUAAUCCUAUGCAAUCAAAUAGCGUUUUAAAGCUAAAAUCAAGAUACCCAAAAUUAAAAAUAACGCAAUCAUUGUUUUCAUAUUUAUAA